AAUUUCAUGGCACCAGAUCACUCAACAUUGGGAUCGAGAGGAGGCAAACCAUGGCGCAUUUUAUCGCAGAAGUUUUUCACAUUUUAUUCGUGUUGCAGUUGAUUGGUAGCUAUUCUGUAGCCUCACAAUACGUGAUAAGUGAUGCAUCAGGGCUUGGAAGGCGGUAUGAUGGAAUUGGCGGACUCAGUGGUGGAGGAGCUACAUCCAGGUUAUUGGUGAAUUAUCCUGAGCCGUAUCUGGAUCAGAUCCUGGAUUAUCUCUUCAAGCCAAAUUUUGGAGCAUCACUUCCCAUCUUAAAGGUUGAGAUUGGUGGAGACUCACAAAGCACUGAUGGAACAGAGUCAUCUCAUAUGCAUUCAGCUAACGAUGAGAAUUAUCAGAGAGGAUAUGAAUGGUGGCUGAUGAAGGAGGCUAAAAAGCGCAAUCCAAGCAUCAAGCUGUAUGGCCUUCCUUGGGCUUUCCCUGGCUGGAUUGGGAAUGGCCAACAAAGUCCCUAUGUCAAUAUUGAUGUCACUGUUGACUACAUCAUCAAAUGGAUACAAGGAGCAAAAACUCACCACAAUCUGACCAUUGAUUAUAUUGGGAUAUGGAACGAACGACCCUUUGAUAUUGAAUACAUAAAAGUUCUCCGAAAAACGCUGGAUAAGAAAGGUCUUUCUGAGACGCUAAUUGUAGCAGCUGACAAUCUUGAAUUCAUCAGUAUCGCGAUACACAACGACCCAGAAAUUGCCAAAGAUGUGGCUAUUAUUGGGGUGCAUUAUCCUGGGACUCAAGUCACCAACUACACGUUGGAAACUGGCAAGACCAUCUGGGCAUCGGAAGAUUACAGCACAAACAAUAAUGAAGUUGGAGCAGGAUGUUGGGCCAGGAUCUUGAACCAGAACUACGUGAAUGGAAUGAUGACUUCUACAAUCUCCUGGAACCUGAUAGCAUCGUACUAUGACGCUUUGCCGUAUACACGUGACGGACUUAUGACAGCCAACGAGCCGUGGAAUUCGCACUAUGAGGUCACUGAUACAAUCUGGAUAACGGCUCAUACCACUCAGUUUACUGAUCCGGGAUGGAUGUAUUUGAAGCACAAGUCUGGAGUGCAGCAUCUAGACAAGGGAGGAAGCUUUGUAUCCAUGACGGACGGUGUUAAUUUGACCAUCAUUAUAGAGACUAUGACUCAUGAUCAUUCUAAGUGUAUCCGCCCCUACUUACCACCUUACAAUGUGGCACCCCAGACAGCCAAGUUUACUCUCCAAGGCAGUUUUGCCAAAGUUAGCAGUCUUAAUGUGUGGUAUUCCAAGCUCACAUUCAGUGGCCAGACAUCAACAAUGUUUGCCAAGAAGAAUCCAAUUAAGGUUGUGAAUGGCAGUUUCACCUUAAGUCUGAAUCCUGAUGAGGUUUACACCCUGACAACCACUGAGAGGGGUUAUAAGGGGAACUACCCUACACCCCCGCCAUCUGCCCCCUUCCCUGUACCUUACUCAGAUAACUUUGACAAUUACCCAGAAUUCAGCGAAGCUAGUAACUUUGCUGACCAGGCCGGUGUUUGGGAGAUUCGAGAGUCUGGUGACCCGACUCAUAAAUUGGUGAUGGAACAGGUUGUCCUUGAGUCACCAGUCUAUUGGUGUCCAGCGGCUGAGUCUCCUAUCUCUGUCAUUGGCAACUACUCCUGGCAGAACGCCAACGUUUCCAUGGACGUCAAGCUGGGAGAUAAUACCGGUGCAUUUCUUGCGCAACGUAUCAACCAUGGUGGCUGUAAGGUUGUCGCGGCAACGGGACUGUUCUUUAUUGUUUACUCCAAUGGGACAUUUGCUGUUUACUCAGACAUACAUCGCCAAUUUCUUCUGAAUUCCGGUCAAGUUGAUGUCAAGAGUGGAAUGUGGUUCAAAAUGCAACUUCUGAUUCAGGACAACAAAGCUACAGGAUUCGUCCAAGGCAAGACGCUGUUCACUGCAUCACUAGAUCCUAAGACAAUCCCCAGUCAUGGAUUCGUUGCCAUGGGAAUGCCUAACUAUGCAUCAGCGCAGUUUGAUAAUUUCGACAUUAUUUCAGCAUCUUAGAUUGAUAGCUCAGUGCCAGGUACUUACAUGUGUAACAUGAUCAGUUAUUACUGACCUGUAACUUAAAAAACAAACCAUUUAGCCUAUGAAGGCAGGCAUAUGAUGCAAGUGUUACUACAAGAAACAGUAACAUUAAACUUUUGAUGAGUAACGUCCUUCUUUGCCCUUUUUUUUUGUGGGGGGGGGGGCGUAAAACCAAGAAUUAAUUCAGUACACCAAUGUAUUAUUUUGGUGUAUUACAAAAUCCAAUGUAUUGCAUCCUUGCAGCUGAAUUGCACAUGGUAACAUUUACAUGUAUACUAACAAAAAAAAUACAUUUAAAAGUGGACAUAAUACAUAUUAUUAACGUCAACAGUAAAGUUGAAGUUUAAAUAUAAAUGGUAAACAUCAUGAUGGUAAAAAUGGCAAAUGAUCAUCUGGUUUCUACCAUUGACACAAUAAAUAAACCACUCUAAAACAUAAUAUACAGGUUGAUUUGGCUAGUGUUACUGAGAAUUUGAAAAACUGAUGUACUGGAUGGUACUACAUUGUAUUAUUAAAACUAGUUGUUUUUUUCGGAAGGAUAGUAAUACUUUUAUUAUUCUGUAGAGUAGUCCGAAGGGUAGUAAUACUCUUAAUAUGCCGUAGAUUUCUAGUCUGAAGAGUAGUAAUACUCUUUUAUAUUUUCCACAUAUUUCUACAGAACUGAGUACAUGUAUUUAAGUUAAAAUUUACUUAAUUGUGUACUUACAGAAUGCUGGAAGUGUUCCCAGCUGCUUAAUCAAGUUUUCUUUCAUUUUUAGAAGUGAAAUAAAAUGAGCCUUUGCAUUGUCAUAUUUCCUAUUCCUACUUGUAUGAAUACAUUUCUUUGAGAGUUAUUCCAUGAUGAAUGCUAUCAAACCAUUAUAACCUUGGUUUGGCAAACAGUGAGAGUUUUGUGGGAGGGAGAAUCUUUCAUGAGAAUACUACUUCAGACAAAAGCUGGUUUAUUAGCUGAACAUCAACUUCCCACAGUGAUGCCUGAAUGUAAAAUGGCCAAAUAAAUGACCUGGUUAUCGGAUUGAAUUACUUCUUCAGCUAUUUCAACCACAAAUUAUGAUUUAACUCUUGACAUAACAAAUGUAAAGUGCCGUUAAGAUGAGGAAAAUAAAAUAAUCUAUGCAACAUU